AAACUGGUUACUCCUUUUUCUAUUUUUUUUUAUUAUUUUUUCUCUAUAUACAGAGUACAUAACCCUCUGUAUUACCUGUACGAUUCAAAACACUGCAUAACAUCCGUAUACAUAUAUAAUAUCCGUAUACCUAUGAACACCUGCCAGCUUUCAAUUUACAUAGCACACUUUAUUUUCCCAAUAAAUGAUAUUUGGAACGAUAAAUACAUCUAUUUAAAAAGAAGAAGAAAAUGGCCUUGACCAUCUCGAACCUACACUUUUAGCAAACAGGUUCUGAAAGAUCGCUUCGCUAAUGACGGACCCGACGCCAUCACACAGACGAAGCAUAAUUUUCGAAAUUGUAUUACGAUUUCCCGAGAACUUUCGAAUAAUGAAUCCUCAAUGAUGAACGAGCCACUUGGGUGAUGGAUAGGCCACUUAGCGCGCGGGAGAGGCUUGUCUGUGACCUUACUGGUAUGUCAUGGUAUGGAUUUAAUUACCAUACAUCACGUAGGUAUUGUUGGUAAGAUACCUACUAAUCUAUGAUACGUAUUUAUAAAGUAUUUAAGCGGCCUCUUCCGGAACGAAUCAUCACAAAAAAAUGAAACAGAAUAAAAAAAGAAGACAGAAAUCACAAGAAAUGACAAACGACAAUUGGAAGAAGAAAAAAAAAGAAGAGAAGAAAUAAAGGGAAAUGAAAACCCGUCACAUCUAGCCUUGGAAUUAGGGCGUGGAACGUUUCUUUUCGUCUUAAUCAUCAAGAUAUUGGCUUCGAUCCCACGUUCAUUCCGGGAGACGAAUCCCCGGAUGGUGAUAAGAGCCAAGAUGGCGGACUCUCUCCCUCUCUCUCUCUCUGUUAAAAGCAAAAUGCAAUUAUUUCUUUCGAGUCAGAAUAGAUAGCAUGGGUUUCUUUAAUUGGAAUGAUAAUAGAUUCGUAUUAUUUACUGAUGGAGAGAUAGAGGGAGAUAAAAAGAGGUAGAUAAGCCUUAUAGAGAUAAGAACUAUACGUAAGAAAGAGGAAGUGGCACAUUUUUUAUAGGGAUUAUGAUGAUGAGUCAUAUUUCUUGAUUAAUAUGCUAAUGAUUUCUCUUUUUCUCUUUUUUGCAGCGAAAAUGAAGCCGCCUGUAGGCUUCAUAGUAGCGCUAGCGUAUAUCUCAGUGGUUUCUGCUCAAGUGAACUUAGGACAAGGACUUCAAAGAGAGAUAUUUUUCUUAAAUUUAGAAGACGGCUACUUCGGCUGUCAAGUGAACGAGUCCACAGACGUACUUCAGUUAUUCGAAGUGUCGAGACUUUGUGAUGGGACUCCGAACUGCUUCUUAGGAUCCGAUGAAAACUUCCAAGAACUUAAAUGCACGAAUGACUGCCCGUACACACAAGGCUACAAGUGUGUGAACGGAGCGUGUCUGGAUGGCCAGUGCCACUGUAAUGAUGGUUACGGUGGUUGUGGUUGCGAUCCCAGGGAUUAUUGA